CCUGAUUCUAGGCUUGCAGCCAGUGCUGAGAAUGAGGCCGUGACAAGGUGGCAGAUCUCUGUCCAAGAGCUGCAGAAAAAAAGAUCAAUUUGCAGUCUCUUAAUCAUGAUGCUUUAGUUUGAAGAUGAACGGGCUUUUGCAGGAAUCAGUGACAUUCCAGGAUGUGGCUGUGGACUUCACCCUGGAGGAGUGGCAGCUGCUUGAUUGUGCCAAGAGAACCCUGUAUUGGGAUGUUAUGUUGGAGAACUAUAGAAACCUCAUUUCAGUGGGAUGUCCAGUUACCAAAACCAAAGUGAUCUUCAAAGUGGAGCAAGGACAAGAGCCCUGGAGGGCGGAGAGAGGGAAGCCACACUGGAGCCAUCCAGAAGCUGACUACCUACUUGUUGAUGAACCAGAGAAGCAUCAGGAAAGUAAAGAUAAUUUUUUGACAUCAGCUUUUUUCACAUUCAAUAAAAUUCUGACUAUGGAGAGAAUUCACUGUUAUAAUGUGAGAACAAGUCUUAAUCCUACAAGAAGUAAAUCAUACGGGAAGAGUUUGCAACCUAAUGUAGACUUUCUUAAUUAUAAUGAAAGUUAUAGUGAAGAAAACUCUUAUGAAUGCUGUGAAUGUGGAAAGGCCUUCAGAAAGAAGUUUCAUUUCAUUAGACAUGAAAAAUAUCAUACAAGAAAAAAGCCUUUUGAAUGCAAUGACUGUGGGAAAGCCUAUAGCAGGAAGGCAAACCUUGCUACUCAUCAGAAGAUUCAUAAUGGAGAGAGACCCUUUGUGUGCAAUGAUUGUGGGAAAGCUUUUAUGCAUAAAGCUCAACUUGUGGUCCACCAGAGACUUCACACUGGAGAGAAACCUUAUGAAUGCAGUCAGUGUGGGAAAACAUUCACUUGGAACUCCUCCUUUAAUCAGCAUGUGAAAUCUCAUACACUUGAGAACUCAUUUGAAUGUAAGGAAUGUGGGAAAACCUUCAGAUAUAGUUCAUCCCUUCAUAAACAUUCUAGGUUUCAUACAGGAGAGAAACCUUAUCAAUGUAUUGUAUGUGGGAAAGCCUUUGGAAACACAUCUGUGCUUGUUACACAUCAAAGAAUCCACACAGGAGAGAAACCUUAUGGAUGUAUUCAAUGUGGCAAAGCCUUUGUCAAGAAGUCUCAUCUUCUUAGACAUCAGAUAACACACACAGGAGAGAAGCCCUAUGAGUGUAACAGAUGUGGGAAAGCAUUUUCCCAGAAGUCAAAUCUCACUGUACAUCAGAAAAUUCAUAUGUAAUACUCUAUGAAUAUGAGAAGGCCUUAAAUAUUAUUUAAAUAUUAUUAAAUAGCAGAGAAUUCAUUGUGAGGAGAAACCCACAACUUGAAUGAAUUUGGAAGGGUAGAGUCCCAUAAACAUUCAGUGCCAAUUAUAUUUUAGAAUUGAUGAUAAGCUUUUUACAGAAACAAAUCACAGAAAACAUGAAAUUAUAAGUAACAGGUUAGAGUUUGGAAAGUAAACAUAAAUAAUCAAAGAACCAGUAAAACUAUA